AUGGAAAAACUACAGUAUCAGAAUCAGAGCGAAGGUCUCCAUGAUCUUGACGCGAUCGAAUCUGCUGAGGCGGGUUCCCGCCAUUCCCGCCGCGACCGACCUGCAUCACAAGUUCUGCGGCGUACCUUGAUGGUCAUCUCGCUUGGUUUCGUCCUUUUCAGUGUUCUCACCUGGUUUCCUGUAUCUAUCUCAAAAUUCUUGUUGCAUUCAUGUCAUCGGUCGUCGAAGUGGCUGGAUGAUGGUUUCUCUGCUUCACCAUUCACGAGGGCUGAUGUGAUGUCCUUGAUGGAGCACAACCCUGAGGCAUCAGCGGUUGACAACAAAGUUCCCCUGGAGGUUCACAUCAUGAGCAAAUGCCCAGAUGCUCGGGAUUGUCUACAAAAAUUGGUAGUUCCUGCCAUGGAGCAGACCAGCGACAAAGUAGACUUUGGAUUGUCAUUUAUUGCAAGUGUAUCCAACAAGUCUACAGAUGUAGUAUGCAAACAUGGUCCUGCCGAAUGCAUAGGGGACAUGCUCAUUCUCUGUGCUGCGAACCUCCCUUUCCCGCCGAAGGGACAAAGCAUGCGUCGAACCCCAACGAUUCGCUCCUUGGGCUUCGCCAACUGCCUGAUCAGUUCCUAUGAGAAGAUCCCGGAGCGCUCAUUCGUCGAGCAAUGCGCCCUGGAGCACGGCAUUGAUUUUGAUGCCUUGAACGAGUGUGCCAGCCAGCAGGACGAUGACCCUGGCCAUGACGGAGGGGACAAGGAUCCCCUUAGCGGUAUUGCGCUGCUACGCAAGAGUGCGCUGCAUAGCGAGGCACUUGGUGUCUCAACUAGCUGUACCGUCCGGCUAGACGAGCAUGUGUGGUGUGUUCGUGAUGGCGACGUGUGGAGAGACUGUGCCAAAGGAGGAAGAGGUAGUCAGGUUCCAGUUUUUGUUGAGGAGAUCAAGAAGCUCUGGAAAGAGCGGAAUUAA